AUGCUCAUCCCUUUCUCCUCCAUCUUUCAUUAUUCUUUACAAUGUUUUCCUUUUGGGGUCCUUUCUUUUGCGACAUUUUUCUCCAUUCUUCUUUCUUUGAUUCUUAUUUUAUUCUUCUGUACUUAUUCAUAUUUAUUCAUUAAUCACGUUUUUUCUUUCUUUAUUGAUUUCUUUCUAUUUUCGUUUCUUUUUUCUUUCUUUGUCAUUUCUCUCUUUCUAUCAUUGCCAUUAUUGUUUUAUUCAAUACUGGUUUCUUUCUUUCUUUCUGUCUUUCUUUCUUACUUUCUUUCUUUCUUUUUUUCUUUCUUUCUUUGUCAUUUCUGUCUUUCUUUCAUUGCCAUUAUUGUCUUUUUUGUUAAUUCCUUCUUUCUUUCUUUCUUUCUUACUUUCUAUGUAAUUUCUUUUUUUGUCAUUUAUUUUUUCUUUCUUUCAUUUUAUUACUUUCUUUUUCUUUCUUUCUUUAUUUUUUAUCUCUUUCUUUCUUUACCGUUCUUUCUUUCUUUCUUUCUUUCUUUCUUUCUCAUUAAAUCAAAUCGUUUAUUGAAUACUUGUUCUUUCUUUUUCUUUUCUCUUUUUUUUUCAUUUUUUAAUCAAUAUUGUUUCAUUUCUUUUUUUCCUAUAAAUCUCAGAAUCUCCUUUCUUUCUUUCAUUUUAUUUUGA